ACAAUACUUCCUGGUUACAUUUCUGUCAACACACUGAUGUUAAGCUUGGACAAAUGAUCUGCAGCAUUUAUUGUGCAAUGUUUUUGUUGACAAACUGAUUGUUAAAUUUGAUAUGGCGUCAUUCGUACCGAUAUGCGAUAUUUGUAUGACAGAUAACGUAACAAAACCUGCCUCCGUUUGGUGUUCCGAAUGUGAAGAAGCUAUUUGUGAUGAUUGCGAAAAACAACAUGGUCGCAUGGGAUUAACAAAGAACCAUAAAACAAUACCAAUAAAAGAUUACCAGAAACUGCCUAGUUCCGUUGCUGCAAUCAGACAGAAAUGCAUAGGUCACAGCUUAAAAUUCGACUUUUAUUGUGUAAUUCACAACGAACCAUGUUGUGUGUCUUGCGUAGCAGAGAAACAUGGUACCAGUCAAAAAUUGAAGCCAUUAUCGGAAGUAGUUAGAAGAGUGAAGUCGUCUGCUGCAUUUUCAGAUUUAGAAGAGAGGGCAAAAGACAUGAGCGUACUAAUUGGCAAUCUGAUAACGGAAAAACAAAAUAAUCGAGCAAGUUUUGGAGUUCAGAAAGAUAACAUCAUUUCUGAAGUGCAAUAUGUUAGAACAACAAUAAAUAAUCAUUUAGCUAAACUCGAAAAGGAUCUUUUGGAUACAUUGGACAACAUGGAAAAACAACAAAACGGAAAUAUUGAUAAUUUUAUUGAAAAGCUCUCGGAAAUGAAAAAAAAAGUUGAAAACAUAUGUGGUGAUUUGGAAAAAACUAAGCAACACGCGUCGAAUUUCCAUGCUUUCCUUGGUAUACAUGAAUGGAAUAAAAAAAUCGAUAUAGAAGAAAUAAAUACAAAGUGACCAGAUAAUGAACACUUUUGAUAUUCACAUAGAAAUUUCGCCGAUACUUAAAGAAUUAGGGAAGUUAGAAUUGAAGUCUUCGUCUUCAAACAAAAUUCUUCUAAAGAAGGAGAAACAGGGACAGAUUUUCGUUCCUGUUUCGAACACUGUAGAUAACAUUAAGUUGACAAAUAUCCGCUCUUUCAAGACACCUAAAGGAAAAUCCAGUAACAUAUUAGUAACAGGUAUCGAUAUGUUUAACGACGGGAGAAUCGUGAUGGCCGAUCAAUCGUUAAGAAACAGACUUGUUAUCAUUAAUCAAGAAGACGAGUUUUUUAAGACCAUACAACUUGAAGAUCGAUGUUAUGAUGUUGCAGUGAUGGAUAAAGACACAGUUGCUACAACAUUAUUUUUAAAGAAUAACAUUGUUAUAGUUGACGUAAACUCAUCGAAAGUACAAAGGACUAUAGCUAUAAAACACGGUUGCUAUGGUAUUAUUAGUACAGGUGAACAAUUAGUCGUCAGUCUCUGGAACAAGACCAUUCAGUUCUUUGAUCUUUCAGGUAAUACCUUCUUCUCAACUUUGUCAACAGCCGAUAUCUCCAUUCAUUGUUCCGUGUUGAAUGACAAACUUUAUUAUACUACACACAGUACUGAUGCUGUCUACUCCUCUGAUUUGAAAGGAGAAGUUCGUUGGAAAUUUGACUGUCAGAAAUCAGAUUAUCCCCUUGCUAUAACCAACGAUGCUUCUGGAAAUAUUUUCGUAGCGUGUUGGGAUAGUAAUCAAUUGGUGGUAGUAGGACACGAUGGGAAGGAAUCAAGAGUCCUCUUGACAAAAGAUGAUGGAUUGCAAAAAUCUAGAGCAAUACACUACAACUGUAAAACCAACACACUCGUUGUGUGUAAUUUAUUAGGACAAUGCUUCCAAUACAAAGUUACAAACUGAAUAUUUUGUUAAUAAUGCAGAGAAUAUAGCUUUUUCUCGUU